CGCUGAUUGGUGGGUGUCGGCAGCAGCCCGGACCCUCCACACCCGCACCCACUGAUAGUCAAUCAGUGUUGAGAGCUCGUGAUAUCGGGGCAAAACUAAAAGCUAAAUCCGUGAGGUUGUACCCGGUGGCCAGGGGCGAGACGUGAGGGAGAGCCGCCCCGAGCUGCCGCAGGAGGGUCGGGGGCGCCGCCGGCGGGUGAUGGUGUUAUAAAAGGUGGGGGAGGAAGGCCACCGCGAUGUCCCUUUUUCGCAAGAGCCCAAAAAGCCCCCAGGAGGUGUCCAAAGCCCUCAAGGAUGCACUUACAGCUCUUGAAAGAUCUGACAAAAAGGCUGAGAAGUAUGGCAGAAACGAUAUUCCCGGGAUGGAUUGUAUGCUGGAUGAAUGGCUAUAGUCUUCUGCUUCCCCUUGUUGAGGCACAAGAGGAUACAAGCAAGAGCCUGACGCAGAUAAAGACGAUGCUGUAUGGCACCACUGAUUCCGAACCUCAGGACAUUGUGUUGGCACAGCUGGCCCACGAGUUCUAUAACACCAAUAUGCUGUUACUACUAAUUCUUAAUCUUCAUAGAAUAGACUUUGAGGGCAAGAAGGAUGUAGCUCAGAUAUUCAACAACAUUUUGCGAAGGCAAAUAGGUAUUCGCUCACCAACGGUUGAAUACAUCUGUACUAAACCAGAGAUUCUCUUCACUCUCAUGAAGGGAUAUGAACACCAGGAUAUUGCCCUUCAUUGUGGGACGAUGCUUCGGGAAUGUGCCAGAUACGAGGCCCUUACAAGGAUAAUCCUCAAUAGUGAUGACUUCUAUAACUUCUUUAAGUAUGUAGAAGUUUCUACCUUCGAUAUCGCAUCUGAUGCCUUCUCCACAUUUAAGGAACUUCUGACGAAACAUAAGAUGCUGUGUGCAGAGUUCCUAGAGCAGAACUAUGACCGGGUGUUCUCACAAUAUGAGAAUCUCCUCAACUCCGACAACUAUGUGACUCGGAGACAGUCGCUAAAGUUACUUGGGGAACUUUUAUUAGACAGACAUAACUUUUCUGUUAUGAAGCGGUACAUCAGUAAUCCAGACAACUUGAAACUGAUGAUGAUAAUGUUAAAGGAGAGAUCUCGUAAUAUCCAGUUUGAAGCCUUCCAUGUGUUUAAGGUGUUUGUCGCCAAUCCGGACAAACCCCGACCUAUCCUGGAAAUCCUCCUGCGAAACCAGGACAAGCUCGUAGAAUUCUUGACACGCUUCCAUACAGACCGUUCUGAAGAUGAACAGUUCAAUGAUGAAAAAGCUUAUUUAAUUAAGCAGAUCAAGGAACUGAAACCUCUUCCCCCAGACCAGUAGUUUUAGUGUUUUAGAAGUGAUUGAGUGGCAGCAUUAGUAAUAGCCUGGGAUCUGUCUGGGCUGCUGUUGACUGAACCAUGUUAUCCAGAGAGAAGCUUAUGAAAAGUCGAGCUUUCUUUAAAUAUCAAACAUACCAAGUCAUGCCCUUGGAUCAGCAUUUGCAGCAUUGUUUGGCUUCCUCUAUAUUAUGCCUUAGAAAUUUUCAAGUUUUGCUAAGGGGUUACCUAAGGCAAUUCUCAUAGCAUUCCACUUGAAAAUUGCUGAACAACUUGAGGGCAGUCAAAUACUGCAGUUGUGUAUAAUCUUGGGUUGGUAUUAUCAGCAUGCUGUUCACCAUGUUGGGGCCAGUGUGAAGCUGUUAUAUUCAUCCAUGACUGUGUUGCAGAGGGCAUUCCAGAUCUUAUUUUAUAAGUUCAGUAUAAGAUAAUGGUCUGAGAGUAAAGCUGAGGAGGCAGGGUUUCCUUGACUUUGGACAUAGAUGAUAUUUUCUAAUGUUCUCAUGGUUUCCUGGAAAAUUGUCUUGUAUUCAUCUUUUAUAGAUGGAUGUUGAUUUAAUAUUAAAUUAUUAAACUAACACUUAACAGCUAGAAAUUACAAGUUAAUCAUUAUGAAUUCUUAUUCAUUGAGCUGUCACUGUCGGAUUCCUCCUGUGCAGAGUAUAUCCUUUUAUAAUAUUUGUACAUAGGUGUGUAUGGAAAAGGGAUGUGAUUUAUAUAGGACAGUGUUGGUUAACAUAUUUAGAGUUAAUGAUUCCUGCACUCUUUAUUAUUUUGCAUCAUAUUUUGGUACUUAAGGUUAUUUAAAUUAAUCCUUUAGAAAGCAUCAAAACAUGAGCAAGCAGCCAUAUUCCUUUCAUGCAGAAAUUUAUUCCCAAUUCAUAAUGCUAUUGAUAGUUCUAGGGCUUUCUUUUUUAUUUGUAAUGAGAUUUAAUUAGACGAGGAAAAGCAUUGGGGUUUUAGAAUUUAGUUUUCAAGUAAGUUGACGUUUCAGUACAGUAAUUAGCUAGAAAUAUAGUGGGAGCAGUUUUAUAUAAAUAACUUUGCCUGCCACCAUAAACUCCACUGUAUAGGAAAGCUUCAACAGAUGUGGCAAAGAGCAUGGUAUUUUCCAAGGAAAUUUUAUGGCAAGAAUGUUAAGAGCUGUACAGUACUUUACACAAGGUACCCAGCAUCCAGUACCUAAAUUAUUUGGAUGUCAGAAUGUUAAGGGUUAACCUACUUAGCUGCAGGUGUCAAAGAUUUUACUGCAUGAUGUAUUGCCCAAUGAAGGAAAAGAAGUCCUUAAAGGAAGAGUCUGGUGUGGAACAAAUUGGAAUGCUGCCACUAGUGAUACAUAUUUUCCAAGGGAACGUCUCCUAGACGUUUGCAUCAGCCAUUUUCAAAUCCAGUCCAAUAUGGUGUUAAAUUUGAAACUAAUUUUUGUUUGUUGUGUUCAUUUUGUUAUUGAAAAUUAUUUACAUAAUAAUUACCAAAGUUAUUGAUGUCUUUUGUUUGGAUUAUGUAGAGCAUUUCAUCAGCUUUUUUUGGCAAUACAGUACAGUGCUGUAUUUGGGCAGAUUUCUAAUAAUGGAGGUAAAUAAUUUUACAAUUUUUAUGUACAAAUUUUAAUAUGAUUUUCAGCAUCAAAGAAUAUUGGCUAGUGAAUCCAUGCCAAAAAAUAUAUAUAUAUAUAAUAUAUAUAUAAAUUAAACAUCAAUGUUCACAUUUUCUUUUACCUUCAUGUGACUGAAACAAUGAAUAUCAACAUUUAGUUUGUGAAUAUUGGAAGCAGCAAUAACUUUGUUACCAUUUAUACCUUUUUCUCCCUAAAAUUUUCAAUGCCCUCUGUGCCCUUUCAUGUUACUGCUUCGGUCGAUGCAACACACUUCAGUACACACCUGCAAGUCACUUUCUUCCUUCAGUAUACAGUAACUAAUUUCAUCACUUUAAACAUUAACUUCAACUAUCUUGUACACUUGCAACUCUCGUUUGUUAACCUCACCACACACGUCGCUUAGUUCCUUGCUUAAAUCCUUUAACACGUGCAUAAGUCAUGUGGUUUCCUCGACUCAAAACUUUCUACUAUAUCGUUUUCAAUAUGUACACAAAAAAUAAUUUUCAUAAUCUUUAAAAUUUUGUGGUUUUAAUCAGACUUUUCUUAACUCUGCAUUAAUAUUUGUAUAUACAGUUGGCAUUGUUUUCCUCUGUGUGAAGGAAAACGUGUACAAAUUUUAUUAGUAUAAUAUACAAUAUAUAUAUAAAUGGUUAAGUUACCAAUAUUUUAAAUACAAAUUACGUAUAACAGCAAUCAAAGCCUUCCACAUUUAAUACUGUCCAUUCACUACACUUGUGUUAUCUAAAUAUAUUCCUCCAUUUCCUGUAACCUCGUACACAAAGCUGCUUUCAUAUGUUAUGUCCAAUCACUUUAAUUAAUGUUACAAGUCUCGUACAGAUCAUAUUCUGAACACUCGUCUGCAGGCUCUCACUUCCUUAUGCAUACAAAAGUUAAUCUGUUAAUUUUCAUCAACUUUUCAUUCAUAUACAGUGUGUCCAUGACAGUUACAUUAUAUACAAUUUUCCAACAAAUUCUUGCCUUAAGUCUGUUAUAACAUGUUCUUUUCUGUAUUGGUUCUCUAAUUUCAAUAAAACUGUCAAUUAUUGUUUCCUCUUCAUUUUUUUUAACCCAUUGUACCUAAAAAUUUAAGGUUCAUGUGCAAGAAACAUGAAAAGUAUUUGAAAUUUUUUUGCACAAUAUACAAACUUCCUGUUGACAAAUUUUGGAAGUCAAUUCUUGAUUUUAAAUUAUUUUGUAAUACUGUACUUUCAAUUUACACUAUUAAAUGUUAUCCUUAUUAAACAUGUCACAUUCAUAAAUAUGCCAUACAUUAUUAUAUUUAAAAGGAAGUGCCUAAUAAAUUCAAACAUGAGCUUAUCUGUGGUUAAUAAUCAUUACAUCAAAUAAAAAUGUACUGUACACAUUAUUAUUGUAAGAAACUAAAUUUUAUCAUUAUUACCGGGUAUGUAACAACCGACGUUUUGACUUGGGGAAAUUUAAGUAGUUAAUGUAUAAAUAUUCUCAUGUGCUUGAUAAAAACAUUAAUUGACUGUCAAGAUUUCUUAAACCAAUUUGUGAUCCGAAAACCUUUUCUGUAACACACAACCACUACAAACCUUUCAGCUUGCAGCAGUCUUCCAUGUUUUCCAUGUAAAAAAAGUUUUAAAUAUUCAUUUAUAUUUAUGUUGUCAUGUGUGUGCCCUGAAUCAAUAAAUGCAAAAUUAUCUGAUUUAAA